UUUUUACGCACUUGUGCAUUUAAUUUAAAGAUACAUAAAGAUAAUGAGUAUUGAGACGUCAUACGCAAUAAGAACAUGGACGACACGUGUUUUCUUACUGGGGAUUUCUGGACAUGUUCUGCCCUAGAAAGUUGCUUCUUUUACGGCGGAAAUAUAAGCUUUAUACCGAGUCGUAGGCUUCGAAACUGAAAACAUGGUGCAGUGCGAAAUUUGCGAAAAGGAAUUCGAAAAGAACAGACACCUGAGACUUCAUUAUGCUAGAAAUCAUGUGGACAAAUCACAGUGGUCAAGCAAAUGUUCAAUAUGCGACAAAGUGUAUGCUGAUGAAGAAAUUCUAAAGCGCCAUAUGAAAAAUCAUGAAAAGCGAAAAACCAAGGUGAUGUGUCCAGUUGACAUAUGUGGAAAAUCAUUCUUUCGUCGAUCAUUUCUUGACAAGCAUAUACUCGCAAGCCAUCCUGAAAGUUUGUCAAAAGAAACUUUUGCAAAAAUGCAAGCAGAAAUUAACAACAACAACAAAGUAACAAAAAAGGAAUACCGUUGCACGGAGCCAGGAUGUAGCUCAUCAUUUGAAAAGCAUCACCUUUUAACACAACAUUCAUACGUUCACACGAAUAUAUUACCUUUUCAAUGUAAACAAUGUGACAAACGAUUUUUGACGCAGAAUCACAAAAACCGACACGAAAAAAUUCAUAACGGGUAUCCAUGCAAAAACUGUGAUGCUGUGUUAUCCAAUUGGACGUUACUGCUCACCCACGUUGCACGGCAACACAGGAAAGAGUUCAAGUGCAAAGACUGUGAUAAAGUUUUCUUCGAGAAAUAUAGAUUGUUGUCUCAUGAGAAAACACAUGGGAAAAAUCGUCAAGUUUAUCAGUGCAGUGGUUGUGAUAGAAACUUUACAAAAAAGCAUGCCAUGACUAAGCAUUUCAAGAUUUUUCAUGAAGGUGUCAAAGAAUUUGUAUGCCCUAUAAAAGAUUGUCAUAAAGCAUAUGCUCAUAAACAAACUUUAAAGAAACAUGUUACGAAGGCUCACAUCACACCAACAGUCAAGGAACCUCGCGUUUACAAGUUUAAAGCUGCAUCCAGGAUCUUAGGUUUUGACAUGAAGACAUUCGAAUCUGCGAUGGAAAUAUCCUAAACAAGACCACAAGCUUUAGACUUCGUUAAAUUUAUUUUUAUUUUUUUCACCAGGCUGGUUAAUAAAGCACAAAUAUACGAGAAUAUUAUGAUA